AUUGGAAGGUUUUUAUCAUCUCCCAGCAUUUUUCUGCACAAGAGCACAAUGGAAAUAUGUUAGCAUUUGCUUGAAAUGAUGUAAUAAAUGCGCUCAACUUCAUGUUUUCGUGGACUUUCUCAGCUUUUGCCCUGUCAUCUGCAGAGAGUAGAAAUUUCUACAAGAAUUCUACCAAGGAAGAGCCCAUUGAAAGAUGGUGCAGAUCCAAAUCCAAAGAUUAGCGAGGCAAAGCAAAGACUCAAACAAGGGAGGAAUUUCAAAUGAGACAAUAACACCUUGGGCGUGGUUUGCAAGUAUUUCCUGUCACACUCAGUAGUGACUUUCGGAAGUUCAAAAAAAAAAGAAAAAGUUGACUCGGAUGAAAGACGACAAAAAUGGCGACAAGCAGCGUUAACAGCCAGGAGGAGCCCAACGUCCUCUGUGAUACGUGCAUGGACGAGCCGGGGAAGGCCGUCAAAUCCUGUCUGACCUGCCUGGUAUCCUUCUGCGAGGAUCACCUCAGACCUCACCUGGAGAACGCCAAAUUCCAGAGCCACCGUCUGGUGGAGCCUCUUCGCCACGUGGAUGCACGAACGUGCGACAUCCACCGUCUUCCCCUGGAGCGCUUCUGCCUGAAAGAUGGCUGCUGCUUGUGCUCUGACUGCUGCGGUCAGGGGCACCGGGGUCACGCCACUUCAUCUUUGGAGGAGGCGAGGGCUCAGAUUGAGACUGAACUGCAGAAAAAGCACGAGGAGAUCAAUCGGAGCAUCGUGGCCACCGACAAAGCAAUGGAGAAGCUGUGGAGCAACAAUGACGGCAUGACGUCUUUGGUGCAGGACAUAUCUGCUCAGGUGGAUCAGCACUUCUCCAGGCUGCAGGAGGUGGUGGCGGAGGCCAGGAAGCAGGUGGCGGAGCGGCUGCAGGCAGAGCGGAGGCGAGCGCUGCGCCAGGCCGAGGGCGUGGAGGCUCACUUGAAGCAGAGGAAGGCGGAGCUGAGCAAGACCUUGGCGGGGAUCAACAAAGUGGCACGAAGCGACUGCGAUGUCUCCUUCCUGCAGGAAUACUCUCAGUGGAAGGAGGGAGCGGCGGAUGUUUGUUUGCCUAAAGUUAGCGUGACCCGUGUGGACCAUGUGAAUGCUUACGUCCAGGUCGUAGCCAGUGUCACCCAGGAGCUGUGUGGCCUGAUUAUCUCCUCCUACCAUGAAAAGCUCAGUACCAUUUCUCAAGGUGGCGAAUCCCAGAUGCCGCAAGUUUUGUUGCCCGAUCCAAUGAACUCAGACGACUUUUUAAAAUAUGCAAAGAAUUUGACAUUUGACCCAGACACCGUGCAUAACUUCCUGCGCCUAACAGCGGACAACAUGAAGGUUACCAACACCAGCCCCUGGCAACACAGCUACGUGGACCACCCCGAUCGCUUUGAGGACUGGCGGCAAGCGAUGACAUCACAGAGCGUUUACGAGGGCCGCCACUACGCCGAGGCGGAGCUGAGUGGCGAUGGGGCUCAUGUCGGUGUCACCUACAAGAGCAUCGAGCGCAAGGGCCGAGAAAGCACCGGCUGUAUCACCGGCAACGACUUCUCUUGGUGCGUCGGGAGGAACAGCCGAGGCCUCUGCGCCUGGCACGCCGGCGUGGAAACGCCAUUGGAAGCGCAGGACGUGACAAGAAUUGGCAUUUAUGUUGACUUCCAUGCCGGCCAUGUGUCAUUUUACCAUGUGAGUGGGUCCAUGAGGCUGCUGCACAAGUACAAUGCCGAUUUCAUUGAGCCAUUGUAUCUCAUUGCGUGGCUCUCAAAGAAGGAGAAUGUGGUUUGUCUGGUUAAUUUAAAAUGAUGCCUUCUGCAUUAUUAAAAACAGACAUACCAUGGAGAAUGUACUUUUGUAUUGGCUCGUAAGUAAUCUUUUGUUGUCUGCCUAUUUCUAAACAAUGAGCAAGCCAAUGUGCACUUCCACCCCACUGUGAUGUGAAAGUGGCCCUUAUGUUUGUUUCGCCGAUGACUUGACCAGAUAAAUUGAGUGAAGAUCCCAAGUGACUUUCAAGUGGUGGCCAGACAAACUGUCUAAAAUACUCUGACACAGAAACAUCCACAUCCCAUCAUGAUGCCACUGCUGUCAUGUCAAAGCCCAAAGGUAAGCAGAGGUGUACAGUAUUGAGUUUUAUUGUAUGCAAAGAUUAGCUCAUGUCAGCUUCUGGUAACCAGCGGGGCGCUUAUUUGAUUGCAUGGUAAAGUUGAAGUGGUACAAGUGUGUGUAUGUGUCCUUGCACAACGUACGCACGGGGUAGCGUAUGAAGCUCUGUCACUUUGAGUGAAAAUUAGAAAGAAAAAAAAAUCCCAAAAGUAAGAAUGCAAUUUUGCGUACUACAUAAAAUUAAAACAAAACAAAAAAAAAACUAACAACACUUGCAUAUUGAGAUGGAAGCAAGAAGAAAACUCUCAACUCGCAAUUAAAAUAUAGUUUUCAUAUUCAGUGUUUUGUAGUCGAUUUCUAGCCAACUAGUAGAUAAACAUUGUAUAAAUAAAUUAAAUAAGAAAAAAGUUUUGGG